AUGGAAGUGCCACAAAGAGAGAAUACGCUCAACGGCGUCAACGGGAGCAUCUCCAGUCGGGAUGCUGUCGCGCCCGGACGGUGGGAUCAUGACCGGCAGGUGAUGCCCGUCCGUAAUCAAGAGACUGCUGGCGGCUCACCCGGACAUGCAAAGCAGGUGUCUGGGAGUCGAAAUCGGACUUCUGCUAGGUGGGAUUGUUGCAGAAGAAUUGCUACAUGGAAUGUAAACACCCUGUAUCAGGUGGGAAAGUUGGAUAACCUGAAGAAGGAGGCGGAGAUGAUGAAACUGGAUGUGGUGGGAGUGAGUGAAGUUAGAUGGACGGGUUCUGGGCACAUAGAUUCAGGAGGUUGGACAAUGUACUAUUCAGGAGGAGAGAGACAUGAGGCGGGUGUGGGGGUGCUGCUGCGGAAGGAGGUGGCAGAAGCAGUGGUUGGGAGUUGGCAAGUGUCUGAGAGGGUGAUUUUGGUUAAGAUCGGUGCUAAGCCCACUGGCCUGAAUACAAUCCAAGUGUAUGCACCAACAGGAGAUCAUAGCGAUGACGAGGUAGAGACCUUCUACGACCAGGUGGAUAGUGCCAGGGGUCAAUGUAAACCAGAAGCGACCUUAGUAAUGGGUGACCUGAAUGCAAAAGUGUGA